AUGGAACGUAUUCUUCUUGCUGCUGAUUAUCCAAAUUUAAUUCAACUUAAACUUUUUAAUUUCACGCAAGAAAUUUGUUUAAAUUAUUUCAUAAAUGAUUGUCUUUAUUUACUUGAUAGUCGACUCAAACAAUUAGCUACACUAAUUAUUCGAAUACGUGCCACAAGUAAGUCUUCAUCAAUCAUUCACAAUAUAGAUGAUUUACCUAAUUUGAAAUGUUAUCGUCUAAUUGAUAAAUAUGAUGAGAAAAUUCUACCUCUUCUUCAUUGUACGAUAUACCAACGAGGUACAUUUAUCGAUAGUUCUCAUCUUCAAAAUGAAAUUCUUCUUUAUAUACCACGUCUUCAUUCAUUUACUUUUUAUAUUAGUACUUAUGAGAAUACUGCUGAUUUAUUUCGUUAUAUGCCUAGCCAAGAUAUUCAACAAAUUGCUACAAAUAUUGAACACCAACAACAUAUAGCGAAUAUCAUAAAUUAUGUCAGUAGUCAUGAAGCUCCUAUUGAUACAGGUGAAAGACUUAUGUCAUUACUUUCCUUCGUUACAAAAUAA